AUGGAGAACAUUGCGGACAUUGUCGAAUUUAUCCGCCAGCCUGCGGAGGUGCUCUCCCAACAUCCAGAUGAUCUUGGUGCAAAGCAAGCACUUGAUAAAGCCAUAAAGGCUGCCAAGAGAGCUUUGGAACAGCUCCGUAGUGGUCUCACGGGAUCGCUUCAAGACGUCGAUGUGAUCAUCGAGUGGAACGAACAGUUUUUAUCGGUCGUGCCAGAAAAGCACGCGUUCCGUGCGACUUUGUUGGGCGAUCUUUCCGUCGCAUUCUAUCAACGAUUCUCGAUGAUGGGAUCCGACGGAAACGUGGAUGACUUGAACAGGGCCGUGCAACUUGCCGAAGAAGACGUCCCAGCCACGCGCCCAGGAACGGAGCAGCGGAUCUUCGCUUUAGCCAACCUCAACACAAUCUUACAAAACCGGUACGACUACACGAGAGACAAGAAAGACAUCAAGCGGGCCAUCAGCGUGGGUGAAGAUGCAGUGGAGAGGAUACCCGAGGACUGGCGUUACGCUGCCCUGAUCUUGCGUCAGCUGGCCAUCCCGCGUGCCAAGCUAUUUGAGCACACACACAGUCUAGAAGAUGCCCAACGAGCCCUUGAAGCGGCCGAGUCUGCUGUGAUGAAAGCAGAGUCACUAGGGGACAAGGCAGGCGUGGCACUCGGUUCCAACACUCUAGCAAGAAUCCUGGGGAGGCGGUUCGAGCAAACAGCGAACAUGGAGGAUCUCGACCGUGCAGUCAGCGUCCUCACCAACACUAUGAAGCUCAUCCCAAAGAGCAUGAUCGACUACGUGGUUGGCUUAAGCUAUCUGGCAACCCUACUGGGCAUCCGUUUCGAGCAACAAGGCGAUGUGGACGAUCUCACUGCAAGCAUUUCAUACACGAGGAGUGUGCUGCAGUUGAUGAGCAAAGAUGAUUCCGAUAGACCUGUUCAGUUGUACAACCUAGCGAACAGGCUUGCCGAGCGUGCGCAGUACACCGGCAUUCUCAGCGACCUCGAUGAUGCCGUUGAUUAUGGGCAACAAGCUCUACACCUAGUGCGUCCAAAUCAUCCGGAACGGACGAAUUGGCUUAGGGGACUCAGCCAGUUUCUGGGUAUGCGAUUCAGCAUGGGUUCAAAGAGUCCGGAGGACAUUCAACAAGCAAUCGACCUCAGUAGACAAGCGGCUAAGGCGGUUGACCGCGAUGAUGUGGGGAUGCGUGCGGCAUUGGUGAACGUUCUUUCAAAUCUGCUGAAGGAAAAGUACGACCAAUAUGGGGAGGUUUCCAACUUGGACGAGGCCAUUGAUGUUCUCGGGGAAGUUCUUUCAGGAGGUCUCCCAGAAACUCUUCCCGAGAGAGGAUACUUGGAAUUUGGCUUGGGGAAUGUGCUACACACGCGAAGUCACCACACUGGUGAUGCCACGGAUUUAGAGACAUCUAGAGGGGCCUUUCAGCGAGCAUGGGACUCUCGGACUGCUCCAUUGAUGAUUCGAAUCGAGGCUGCGGUUGGGGCUGCUGAGGUUGCCAAGGAGCGUCUGGAGAGUCACGAUUCCCCUGAUGCAUCGUUGCUACUUGGAUAUUGGACGGAAAUCUCGUCGGACCUCGACCAUGCCCUCAGUAUUUUCCAUGCUCUAAGCCCCCGACAUAUGCAGAAUGUCAACAAGCAACAAAUGUUGAAGAGAUUCGCUGGCCUCGGAGCCCACGCCGCCGCUGCCGCCUUGAGUGCAGGGAAGGAGGCCUCAUAUGCCUUGCAGCAGCUGGAGCUGGGGAGAGGCGUCAUAUCUGGCCUUGUUCUUGGUCUCCGGACAGACUUGUCAUUCCUCCGAGAGACACACUCAGAAUGGGCGGAUCAGCUUUCCAGUCUUCGCAACAUGCUGGACGCUGGUCAUACCACUCUAUCACCAACGGGGUCAUUGGAGUCGGGCGCACAAGCUCGCCGCCGAGCUGAAAAAGAUUUUGAAUCCCUUCUCACAAAGAUCCGCAACGAGAAAGGUUUCGAGAGAUUUUUGAUGCCGCCUACCGUUGAGCAGCUCAUGGAAGCGGCAGACCCAGAUCCUGCUGUUGUGGUCAACGUGUCUUCGUUUCGGUGUGAUGCUUUUAUAGUUGAAAAGCACCGCAUUAAGCUGCUGGAGCUUCCCCUUUUGAGUCUCAAAGACAUACAGGCAUAUGCCAAGGGACUGAAGGACCGUCCCGAUUCGCUGUCUUCCGUGUUAGAGUGGCUAUGGACCUCGGCAGUGCAUCCAAUCCUCGACGCGCUUGGUUUCGACCGCCCUCUCGCUGUGGAUGAAGAUUCAUGGCCGCACAUUUGGUGGAUACCGGUCGGACCUCUUAACAGUUUACCACUGCAUGCCGCUGGAUAUCACAACAAGCACUCUGGAGAAACAGCUCUCGAUCGUGUCAUGUCGUCAUACAGCUCAUCACUCAAGUCUCUGCUUGCAGGCCGUCGCCAAACGAUGCCACAGUAUGGUUCCGGCCCAAUCAACGCCCUGUUGGUUUCAAUGAAGAGCACACCAUAUCGCUCCCCGCUGCGGUACGCAGAGCUAGAGGUCGCCAUGCUGGAGAAACUAUGUCCGGCGCUGAAUGCGACGCCCAUACGGCCAGUCCAAGACAAAGCAAACGUCUUGGCACAGCUCAGCUCAUGCGAUAUCUUUCACUUCGCGGGUCACGGCACGUCGAACCCAUUGGAUCCCUCCCAGAGUGCUCUCCUACUCAGCGACUGGGAGAAGAGCCCGCUGACGGUGGAAGACCUCCGCAACGAGAAGCUGCAGGAGAAGCCACCAUUUCUUGCCUAUCUCUCUGCUUGUUCAACAGGGGCAAACGAGGUACUUGGAUUAGUUGAUGAAGGAAUCCAUCUCGGCUACGCCUGCCAGCUCGCAGGCUUCCGACACGUUGUAGGCACCUUAUGGACUGUGUCUGACCCCUUUUGCGUCAACGUAGCCCAAAAGUUUUAUGAGACGAUCCGCAAUGAGGGAAAGACAGAUACAGCCGUCCAUCGCGGACUCCACCUAGCGUUGAGGGAGUUACGAGACGUUCAGGUCGGCGCCAACAUUCGCGGCUCUGGCACUGACGUGAUUGAUGCUGUAGGUCCAGAUGAUGAGGGAAAAGAGGGGGCCAUAUCAUGGAGAGAUGUCAAUGACAACGAUGGCAGCAAUGAUGGAGGUGGCACUGCGGUGAGUUCUGGGUCAAGAAAAGGAGACGGAGUCGACGAUGAGGAACCGUCUAUGAAUUCGCUUUGGGUUCCAUUUGUUCACUUUGGUGUGUGA